UGCCGCCCAAACCCCAAUUUGAAAAUCCUCCCUUUUCGCCAAAUCUUCAGGCGCUCUCUUCACCCUCUUUAUCAGAGAAGCUUAGCCGCUUCACUUCUCGUUCUCAAUCAUCGUCUACCUCUCGCCGCCGCAGUUCUUCAAGGUAAUAAUCAUCACACUACUCCUCAUUCAAAGUGUUAAGUAGAGUAAAGCUCGGAUUCAGGUCGCCGGCUAAAUCCUUUUACCGUCUUGAAAUGGUAUUCGGUUGUCCGAGUCGCUACUUAUCGCUGUUUUUAUGUACUCUAGAUUUGUAGUCUUCUGAGAUGUUUUGUGUUUAUUGAAGAUUGAUACAAUGCCGGAAGCCAGAGAUCGUUUGUCAAGGCCGGCGGAUGUUGCAGAGGUGUACAUUAGACGGCAGGUAGGCACAUCCGGAGGCGGAAUCGUUCAUUCACCGAAUAACGACGGGGAGGAGGCUACGUUCAGGUGGGGGGAGACCGGCUUAACUGGAACUCAGAGAACAGAAACUGCUGCGGAACCUAGCGGCGGAGUUCUUACUCCCGUCAGGAGGAGUCCAUUCAGAACACCAAGAACAAGGCGUGACCGUGGAUCUUCUGCGAGGGGAGCUAUAAUCGGUCGACAAAACCUUUCGCCCAUAGCUGGCCGCAGACAAGGCCGAGCUCGCCACCGCGUCUUGCCGUCGUGGUACCCCCGUAGGCCGCUUCAGGACAUCACAGCCAUUACCAGGGCAUACCAGAGGAGAAGAGAGCGCCUGAGAGAAGGUGAAGAUGAACAACCGGAGACCCCAAUGCUUCAAGAUCAGGCUGCUCAUGAUCCUUUUGGAGCUACACCGAGUGCUCUUCUCGAGCACACAAAUCCCACAACCACUCCCUUCCCAGCUUUGAGAACCGGAUUGUGUCCACCUUCUACUUCAUCUGUAGAAGAUAAUAAAGUCCUGAAUAUAGUUCAAGAUUGGGAGUUCCUCACACCUCAAAAGAAGCUUCUAAAUUCCAUAGACACCGUGGAGAAGGUCUUCAAGGAGGAACUUCAAAAGCUGAAGAGGACUCCGAGUGCUAAGAGGGCGGAAAGGGAGAAGAAGGUAAGGACAUUGAUGUCAAUGCGUUGAUAAAGAAGUUCCAGUCGUACAUUUUUUGGCUAUUAACUCAAUCAAGGUUGAGAAGGGCAAUGGGUUCUGGAGAGAAAAGGAGCAUGAAGAACAGCUGAACUUGGGUAAUUGGGGUUUGAUCAUCUUCUUUAUGAUCAAAUCUAUCUCGGUUCGAAGUACUACUUAUGUUUUCUAUUCUAUGAUCAACCACUCGGUUGAAUUGCUUAUAUGUUUCUAUUCCUUUCAACCUCUGUGAUAUACCCUAGCUCUCUGAUUAGUAGUUUUGAUCAGAUUGUGAUACACCAUGUUGUUAUAGGGCUGUUUUCCAAUUCCCAGCCAGUAUCAUAAGUUGUAGUAGGAUUUAGAGCAAUCGGGUUUAUCAAAACCUCAGAACUCAAUGUCAUCAUAGGAGGAAAGGAUUCUAUAGUGGGGUCAAUGAAAUGCAUAGUAUAUUUUGGAAGAGAAUGUAGUUUUUAUUGUUUGUGUUCUCCCUCAAGAUAAUGGGUUGUUCUUGUUGAACUAUUGCAAAUUUGCAAUUGGGUAAGCUUCUUCUUACCCUUUGUACAGUAAUAAAGUUCUUAGUGGGUUUGGUUUGGUGUGCAAC